UCUGAGGACAAAGAAUCAAAUGGGUCAGGCUGGAGAAACCAGGAUCUGUCGCUGCCGGAAACGUUAUAGCUCCUGCUACAAACGUUACUGUAGGCCACAUACAUAUCUGGAGCUCAUCCGACGUCCCGUUUUAUUGUUGACGUUUGUUGUGGAUACAAUUUUUAGUUUUUCCUCUUCUGAGAAUGAAGAUGGCUAUUUCACAUUGUCGAAGGUUUGCGCCACAGUUUUAAAGGGACGGAGACAAGGCGCUCUCUUCCUCCUCCUCGGACAGACGAGGAAGAGCCUGGAAACCGCUUGGGAAUGUAAAACAUACUCCGCGUCAAUGUUCUCAACGUGGCUCUCUGGAUGAUGUAUCCUCUGGGACCUCGUUUCAAUGGUACACUUGUCUGGUGUGGAUGUUAAUGUUUCCUGAACCAACGACCUAUAGCCGAUAAGAGCAUCGGUUACCGACAGUGUGCCAGUUAUCAUCCGUCUAUUCUCAUCGAGAGACAACUACUACUUGGUUGAAAUGAAUGGGCCACAAUACAAACUGCGUAUGUGUCUAAUCAACAGAAAACGCUUGUAGGUAUCUUAGCCUACUUCCCGAACACCAGUUAUUAGGUUACUUUGACCAGCACACAGACAAGGAGUGUCUGAAUCUGCCCACCCCUGCCGUCGACCCUGAGGGCGUGUGUUCAACCAACCAGAGAGCCCCGUGGACCUGUGACAUCACUGUGACAUCAUCAUGUUCCCCUCCGUGACCCGUAUCCUCCCCUCUCGGGUGUCAUCGCCGCUCCUCCUGGCCGCCAUGUUGACGCUGGCGGCCGCCGGCCCCGUCUCGGGAUCGGACGCGGAGACGUGUUUCUCCCGACAGCAUCAGAACGCCGUAGUGAAUGUCCGCCAGGCGCUGGUCCGACCGACCACCGUCAUGGACUCCAGACUCACCCAAUCAGAGAGAGACUGUGUUCUGGCCUGCUGCUCAGAGGACGUCAAGCCAGGUAUAAAGUGUACCCUGGCUGUGUUCAACCCUCACAAGCCCUCUGAGCCUCCCAACAACCACAACUGUCAUCUGUUCCACUGCCAGAGUGAGCAGGACUGUCCCCUCCUGACUGCUGAGCAGGGCAUCAACACAUACGACAUCUUCAAAGGUUUGAUUCAUCCCACCACGGGGAUACCUACUCCACCUUCCACAAUCCAACCAACUACUAUUACUGCUACUACUACUACUACUACAACUCCAGCACCUACCAUCAGACCACAACCCACUACUACUACAACGACCACCACUAAACCUACCACCACAACCACACCACAACCUACUACUACUACCACCACACCACAACCUACUACUACCACCACUAAACCUACCACCACAACCACACCACAACCCACUACUACCACCACUACAACCGCACCACAACCUACUACUACUACCACUACAACCACACCACAACCUACUACUACCACCACUACACCUACCACCACAACCACACCACAACCCACUACUACCACCACUACAACCACACCACAACCUACAACUACCACCACUACAACCACACCACAACCCACUACUACCACCACUACACCUACCACCACAACCACACCACAACCCACUACUACCACCACUACAAACACACCACAACCCACUACUACCACCACUACAACCACACCACAACCCACUACUACCACCACUACACCUACCACCACAACCACACCACAACCCACUACUACCACCACCACAACCACACCACAACCCACUACUACCACCACUACAACUACCACCACAACCACACCCCAACCCACUACUACUACAACAACCACUACACCUACACCUACCACCACAACAAAACAACCGUCUUUAAUGAUAGUAACAACGGCUGUUAUAACACGACCAACUCCAACCACUACUACAACAACACAACAAGCAACAUCCUGGCCACUAACAGAGGCCCACGCUACUCCUACAACAAUAUCGACAAUAACCACUAUGAACAGAAAGCCCAAUAAACCUCCCAAUAAACCUCCCAAAAAACCUAACAAAUCGUCUAAAAAACCCAAACCACAUCCUGCCACUACUACUACUACAACAACAACAACUUUACCUGUCUCAACUACACCCCGCAGAGACCCAGACCCCACCCCUCCAGCACCAACACCCCGCAGAGACCCAGACCCCACCCCUCCAGCACCAACACCCCGCAGAGACCCAGACCCCAUCAGAACUACUGAAAAACUCCAGCCAGCCACUGAGCCAGCUACCUCCACCACCACUUCUACUGGUGCUACUGCCACCACGAAGAGCCCAGCAGCCAUUGAGCCCCUGAUCCCAAGGACAACACCAGAAAACGAGCUAGUGCUGGUGCCCCAGGGGGUCCAGGCAACCCCAGCCUCCCCAGGGACAGAGGGUCAGGGCAGGGGGAAGGAGGUGGCAGGGCAGGGGGCUCUGAAGAGCUCCCUGGUGGCUGUGGUGGUGAUAGGCCUGGCCAUCCUGACUCUGGCCCUGGCUGUGGUUGGACGUAAGGCCAUGGAGUCAUUUGACCGGCGACACUACACCAGGCUGGAGCUCAACGACCUACACUACGAGGUGUGA